AUGUCAUGUUCAGACAUAUUUUUUGUAAGUCCUCCUUCUUCAUCUUCUUCAAACUUUGUUGCCAACGUUAUCACAAAACCUCACCACUGGGGCCAUUUGCCAACCCCCAUCACAAAAUCGCACUUUCCUCGCAUUCAUUGUCAUUCAAAGACUCUAUCUUUACCCACAAACUCCCCUUCUGCUCUUCUUGGUGCGUUAUGCUCAAAGAAUAUGGUUCAAGCUGUGGAAACUCUGAUUGAUGAAAUGGAGAAAUCUUCUGUUUCUGUCAAUGAGCACUCUCUUCCUGGUAUCAUCGAGAUGUAUGUUAAUGAAGGAGCCCUUGACAAAGCAAAUGAUAUGCUUCAGAAAUUUCUAAUGAACAGUGUACCAUCAUCAAGUAUAUGUGCUGCAAUUAUGGAUGCUUUUGCUGAAAAGGGACAUUGGCUUGAAGCCGAGAAUGUGUUUUAUUGGGAAAGAGGUGUGCCAGGACAGAGAAGGGAUGUCAUAGAAUACAAUGUCUUGAUCAAAGCGUAUGGCAAAGGAAAACUUUACGACAAAGCUGUUUCUCUCUUCAGGGGAAUGAAGAAUCAUGGAACUUGGCCUGAUGGUUGCACUUAUAAUUCUCUCAUUCAGAUGUUAUCCGGUGCUGAUUUAGUCGAUCAGGCAAGAGAUCUCAUGGUUGAAAUGCAAGGGAUGGCAUUUAAGCCGCAUUGUCAGACUUUUUCUGCUGUUAUUGCAUCCUAUGCUCGUCUCAGUCAGCUUUCUGAUGCUGUCAGUGUGUACCAGGAAAUGCUACGAGCGGGAGUAAAACCAAAUGAGGUUGUGUAUGGAUCUUUAAUAAACGGAUUUGCAGAAUACGGUAGUCUUGAGGAUGCACUUAGGUAUUUCAACAUUAUGGAAGAAUCCGGAUUAUCUGCCAAUUUAGUUGUCUUGACAUCCUUGCUAAAGUCUUAUUGUAAGGUUGGGAACUUGGAAGGAGUAAAAGCGAUUUAUGAACGGAUGCAGAGCUUGGAAGGUGGUCUUGAUUUAGUUGCGUGCAAUAGUAUGAUCAGUCUCUUUGCAGAUCUCGGAUUGGUAUCCGAAGCCAAGAUGGCUUUCGAGAAUUUGAGAGAAAAGGGCUGGGCAGACGGGAUUUCAUACGUGACAAUGAUGUAUCUUUAUAAAGAUGUGGGAAGGAUCGACGAGGCCAUUGAGAUUGCGGAGGAGAUGAGGCUUUUAGGUUUACUGAGGGAUUGUGUUUCAUAUAAUAAGGUACUGGUUUGUUAUGCCACUCAUGGACAGCUUUAUGAGUGUGGUGAACUAAUACAUGAGAUGAUAUCUAAGAAGCUUUUGCCAAAUGAUGGAACUUUUAAAGUGUUGUUCACUGUAUUAAAGAAGGGAGGGUUUCCAAUUGAAGCAGUUGUGCAGUUGGAGUCAUCUCUGAAGGAGGGGAAGCCUUAUGCGCGACAAGCUGCGAUCACUGCUUUGUAUUCUUUAGUUGGUAUGCACAAUUUGGCGCUUAAAUCCGUUCAGACAUUCAUAGAAUCCGAGGUUGAUCUUGACUCAUAUGCAUAUAAUGUGGCAAUCUAUGCAUAUGGUUCGGCUGGAGAAAUCAACAAGGCCUUGAACACAUACAUGAAAAUGCAGGAUAAGCAUUUGGAGCCGGACAUUGUGACUCAGAUUAAUAUGGUAGGUUGUUAUGGAAAAGCCGGCAUGGUUGAAGGCGUGAAACGGAUAUUUACCCAACUAAGAGGCGGAGAGAUCGAGCCAUGCAAGUCUUUGUUCAAGGCUAUUAUAGAUGGUUACAAAGUUUGCAAUAGAAAGGACCUAGCUGAGUUAGUUAGCCAAGAGAUGAAAAUCACAUUCAACUUGGAAGAAAAUAAUGAAGUUGAGAGCAAAAUUGAAAGUGAAAAUGGAAGUGAUUGUGAUUGAUUUUGAUGAAAGCUUCUUUGAGGUCUGUUAAAUCCACAGGUGGUUGUAUAUUAGGGGAGACAAAUUUAUGUAUGAACAAUGAUGUUGGCAAAAUUUGUGAACAGUUACCUGCUUUGCAGGAUCUCAACUUAUCUAACAAUUUAAUGUCACCAUAUAAAUCAGAACUUCCACCACUGGAAAGCAUCCGUAUUCUAGUUUUAAAUGAUACUGGUGUAGAUUGGCAGGUUCCUUUCUAUAUCUUUCCCCAGCUUAUAUUUGCUGCUUAAAUUCCCAUCAUGUUUGUUAGGAGCCACUAAAUGUUUCAUGUUUAACUGGGCAGGUUGAAUGGCUUAGACAAUCAUUGACAGCUAUUGAAGAGCUACAUCUUAUCGUAAACAAUAUAAGCAGAAUACUGGGAUAUGCAGCUAUCACUUUGAAGUGUGUUGGAG